UUAAAACCUACGUCACAACAGACCGCAUCUCACGAUCUCCGAAUAAUCAAAUUUUUAUAUUAGCUAAGGUAGGUUAGGGUUCGAGACGGGUUUAUAAAAAUAAAAAAUAAUAAUAAUAAUAGUGACACAUUAGUAAAAAGAUAAACCCUUUUCGAGAAAGGCGUUGAUUGUGAGAUUUACCUCCUGUGCAGUUUGCGGUGUGUCACUAUCAAACAAAAAUUUUUGAUUGUUGGUUUAUUUCCGUACUUGGUGGAAUUGCUAUAAUUAAUGAUGUUUUUCUUUUACAAACACAUGCUGAACGACGGGGAUUUAGUCACGGUCAUAAGAUUAUUGGAGGAACGAUACAGCCUGCAAGAAGUCGCCAAGAGACUGACAAUGAGUGUAAAUCACUGUACAAUAGGAAGCGUUCAUCGGCGCUUCAGAGGGACAGGGCUUCACAUUAGAAAGCCAGGACAGAGUCGACCUUGGUCUGCAGAUGAGAGAGACGAUAGAUUAAUCCGCUCAGGUGAAAGGUUCUAUGUAAGGAGCCAAGGAGUGGGACACAUCAAACAACCCGAAUAUGUAGGCUUUGGCCCAAAUAUGUCUGUGUGUUAACCUUGCAUGGCCUAUCCUUAAUUGGGUGAGUCUAUAAGUCAGACCUAUUGGCAAUACUCUUGAUACUGAAGAGCUGCAGUGCCAAUCCAGCCCACCAAUACUGCCACUUUCUUUUAAUUAUGUUUUUUUCUUGCAUUUUUAGCAGUGCCAGAUUACAAUGGUUUCAUGGACAUCCCAGUCCGCCUUUUUGUUACCCUCCAGAUCUAUGUGUCCAGGUAAAAGACAAUGAUCACCAUUGAGACAAAAUAAAGUUAUCAAUUGGCAAAUUUUCCUAUUUUCUGACCUAAUGAAC